CUCUCGUCUCAUGGUAACAGAUGUAAACAGAUGGCGCCCGUGUUGAACUGAGAACGCUUUUCUGUUUUUACUGAGAAGCUGUUGUCGAACCUGAGACUCUGAAUGCGGAAUCUUUUCUGGGGGGACACGAAGAGCUCCGCCUUUGAAGCUCAGCUGUGUUUCUGACUGGUCUGUGUUGAACCCAGCUCGACGUGAUGGCUGAUGAACAUUUCCGUACCACACUUGCAUACACGAAAAGCCCCAAGACUUCCAGAAGGACAACUUUCCAGGAUGAGCUGGAAGCUGCUGUCUCUGCGAGAGCCAGCAGACAUAAAACAACAGAGAGCUACACCUACUCUGAUGAUUUUGAUGAUGAUGAUGAUGAUGACAUCCUCAACGAGCUGCUUAAGACGAGGAGAAAGAAGAUGGACGUGUUUAAGGCUGGAAGACCCAGAGCAAAGGUCAGCGAUUUCAAACUGUCAGACGAUGAGGAGGAAAAUGUCAAACCCAAGAAAGUGUCCUUUAUGAAAACCAGAAGGAGAAGCUCGCCUGUGCAGGAUGAGCAGGUUGACUUGGGUAAAAGUGGAAGAUCAGAUACGGUAGGCAGCUCGGACAGCCAGGGGUCUUUCCCCUCUUACCAAGGCAGGAACACUCCCCAAAGUACACGAGAAUCUCUGACUCCAGAGAAAGGUCAUCAAGAUACACCUUUGACCUCUCAGUCUGAGUCACCUGCAGCUUGGAGGAACCAAUCAGAAACAUCUUUGCUGAGGAAGAGCCAAUCAGAAUCAUUUGUUUCAAGGAAGAGCCUAUCAGAAUCUCCCCUGCCCUUGAAUUCAGAGAACAGUCAGUGGGAAUCCCCAUUGCUGUUGCCAUCAGAAGGUUCACUGUUUGACAGUCCUCUUCCAUGGCUUUCUGAAAAAGGAGAGGACAACCUAAGAAUGCCUGUUGGAGGAGACGGUGAACAACCUCUUCCUCAACCCAGAGAAAGAAGUGCCAGACAAUCAUCCCUGACUGGUUUGGUUGAAGACAAGCCCCCGAGACCUAGGCCUAGGCAGAGGACAGCUCACAUUGGCAGCAAUGGUCAUGAUGAAGAGGAUGGACCAGCAGGAACACCGUCUAGCAGAGCAGCCACAUCCUCUGUGUCCAUACCACUGUCCUUUACUGAUGGGCCCACCAUCACAACUGGAUCAUCUGACAGAAUGGGGUCGUUUGGGAGUGACAGCGUCCAGUAUGCAGAAGAGCACCAAACGAUGUCAUUCUCAGUGGCACAGAGGGGAUACGAGGACCUUAUUGGCUCACUAGAGGGCACUGGAAGCGCUGAUCUGUCAGUAGUGGAACACAGCAAGGAGGAAAAACACUCCAUAUCCUUUCAAGAAAAUCAACAGGAGGGCUCAGAAGAUGUUUCUCGUGUAACAGCAAGUAGGCAAAGCCAAAGUAGCAUCAAAUCACAAGACAGACCUCCGAGUUGUCGACCAGCAAGCUCCAGAAAGUCCAAGAGUGCAUGUUCCUACACUGCAGAAUCCAAAUAUCUGGGCACUUUAAAGGUUUUGGACCAGAAGAUGGCUUUACAGGAGACCCAGCCUGAGGCUGCUGAUUCCUUGAGGGCUGCUGUCUACCAGGACUGGCUGAAGAAGAAAGAGGAGAAACUGCAAGCAACCAUGAAGGCAAAAAAGCAAGAAGAAAAACUGAAAGAGGAGAAAAAGGCAGAGGAGGAGACGAGCAAGAAAGCAGAGGCGAAAGCCUCUUACGAAGCCUGGAAAGAAAAGAAACGUGAAACCAUAAAAGAGAAGAUCAGGGAAAAGCAGGAGGCAGAGAGAAAACAGCAAAAAGAAAAGGAAGAAAAAGAAGAGAGGAAAGAAACAGCAAAAAGACUUUUCGAGAAAUGGAAACAAGAGCACAAUGAUCACCUACGAGAGCAGCAAAGAAAACAAGCCCAAGCAGAGAGCAGGCUGAAAGAGAAAAAGGAGAAAGAGCAAGAUGAGAGGGACAAAGACUGCAACUCUUCUUUCACCCAGUGGAGUGAAAGGAAAAAGGAUGCCAUUGAGAAGAAGAUGAAGGCAGAACGGAAGAAGGAGAAGAUCAAGGAGAUAGAAGAAAAGUAUCAGAAGGAGGAGAGAGAGAAGACGGCUUUGGAAAUGUAUGAGAAAUGGCUGAAAAGAAAAGAGUUUCAACAGAAAAGAGAGAAACAAGAGAAGAAAAUCAAGGCCAUUGUUCAAGAGGAGCCUCCUCCCCCAUGGAGCCCGCCCAACAGAACCAUUCCCUUUGGUAAAUAAGCCUUAUCUUGCUGGCAUCUCCACCAUAUCUAUGUAAUGACUGAUGCAUCAGACUGAUACCGAAUCCGGCACAAUGACCGAUAUCAGGACUUUGCGAGCAAGUCCGCACCAAAUCAAAUUAUGUGACAGAUUUGUUGAAUCAUGCUUGUACGUUUUGUCUGAUGUUUUACGGAAGAACACUAAUGAAUACAUUAGCAGUGCUAUUUUAAAAGUACUUGCAAAUCUUCACAGACUUUCAAGGGCGCAGCUUUCUAAAUAACAUUUUUAUUAAAAUGUAGGUGCUCACUUUAAAAUAUGUGUAUGUAAACCUGUUCUAAGUUAUUCAUGACCCUAUUUAUUAAACCUUGCUCAACU